AUGUCUGCUGAAGCACCUAAAACUGCUAAGGAACCAUUUGUUCCUAAAUACGAGAUCGCUACUGGUCUUCAUAAAGGGCGUAAAAUAGAAAAAUUUGUAACAAAACGCGUUCGUCCAACACGUCGUACACAAAAAAAAAGCAAACGUGUUAAAUUCGUUCGCGAUCUUGUUCGUGAACUUGUUGGUUUUAUGCCAUAUGAACGACGAGCUAUGGAAUUAAUGAAGGUCGGACGUGAUAAACGUGCAUUCAAAUAUGUCAAAGCACGUUUAGGAAGCCAUCAACGCGCCAAAAAGAAACGUGAUGAACUUCAAGCAGCUAUUCUUGCUCAACGCAAAGCACAUAAAUAA